AUGUCUGUUCAACAGGAUCAUUUGGCCAGAUUGGUUUACGAAGAGAAGCCAAGCAAGAAACACGCCAACAAAGUGCGUCUGUUCUACAUGCUCCACCCAGAAGAUGGAGGUCCACCAUCCAAAAGACUGAGACCAGACAAUCCGGACAGUGCAGAGAAUGAGGUGGACAGAAAUAAAUGCUGUACGCUCUGCAACAUGUUCUUCACAUCUGCCAUUGUGGCUCAGUCACACUACCAGGGCAAAACACACGCUAAGAGAGUUCGCUUGGUACUGGGGGAGACGCCAAGUCUGCCUACACCCACAGAGUCAGCCCCGCCCACCCCUCAGACCACAGACCCGCCCCCUCCUUCGUGGCAGCCGCUGGCCAAUCACAGCGAGGCAGGCAAGUACUGCUGCUUGUGUGGCGCCUGGUUUAACAACCCACUGAUGGCACAGCAACAUUACGAAGGCAAGAAACACAAGAGAAAUGCAGCGCGGGGCGCGACUUCUGGAGCAGCUGGCUGGCAGUCUGGAUGCCAAUGA